UGGAAGUGGUUCUUCAUACUCUGAAUUUCCAUGGAUACUUUUAUUUCCUCAUGGGGAUCUUCCUCAUGUCCUGAUUAUUGGCCUUUUCUCUCAGCCUUUAUUUGGCACAAAAGUAUAUUGACAUAAAUUGUACCCCAAAGCUUCCCUUUGCCAUGCCUUAGCAUUGAGACCAGGCAGUUUUGCUAUCUCCUCCCCCCCCCAUUUUUUUAAUCAUAGUUUUGUGACAAAAAUUGGUGGAAUACCUGCUAUUCUUUCCCAUCCUACCUACUGUCACCUCUUGGCAGGAAAACUAACCACCAACUGCACUCCUGACUAUGUGAUGGGGUCAGAGAUUCAAGCUUUAGUUUUUAUUAUUUAUUUAGCAUUAAUUUGUGCAUGCUUCUACAUGAUAAGACUGUUGAUCUUUCAGGAAAAUUGGAAGAUCAAUAACCCUAUAUCGAAUAACUCACAGCUAACAAAGUCUGCCGGAGAGAUUGAGGGACCUAAUUUGAAAUGCAGAGUAAAGGAAAUUGUACCAGAAUUUUUGUGCCUCUAGACUUUUCUUUUCUGAAGCUAGUUUCCUCCCCAAAUUGUUUUGGGUCAAGCAAAGAGCUGCUUCUCUCCUAUCCCCAACAUCACAUGUGUGUUCAUGUAUGUCCUCCUAUGCAGUUUCCCUAUCGUAGAGUCCUUCUAGCAUACAGAUAGUCCUUGACUUAAAACUGCUUGUUUAAUGAUUGCUCAAAGUUACAACAGCACUGAAAAAAGUGACUUUAUGACCAUUUUUACAUUUACAACCAUUGCCGCAUACCCUUGGUCACAUGAUCAAAAUUCAGAAGCUUAGCAACUGGCCUGUAUUUACGACAGUUGCAGCGUCCCUGGGUCAUGUGAUCCCCUUUUGUAAUUUUCUGACAUAGGAAGUCAAUAGGGAAGCCAAAUUCACUUAAGAACCAUGUUACUACUUUAACAACUGCAGUGGUUAACAACUGUGGCAGGAAAGGUCAUAAAAUGGUCAUAAAAAGGUCAAAUGGCUCACUUAGCAACAGAAAGUUUGGACGUAAUUGUGAUCAUAAAUCAGGGUUUACCUGCAGAAGGAUUUUUGGCUAAUAAAUCUAUUGGUCUCUUAGGAAUUCAGUAUUCCAGACUUAAGAAAGUUUGACCCAAGAAUCUGAUCUCUUAUCAUAGUCAAAGCCAAAAUCAAAAUCAUGGUGAGAUGGGUGGCAAACAAAUUAAUUAAUUAAUUGAGAAAGUGUCAUGGGCAUUUGGUCCCCAAUGAUUGGAUGCAGAGGGGUAUUGCCCGAUUGUUAUUUCUGGCUGCACUGUCCCAAGGUACUCUUUUUAAGUUACCAGCUUGGAAAAUUUUAUAUUUUAUAUAUUUUAAAUUUUAUAUUGGGAGGAGAAGGAAAACGCCACUUCCGAAGUAGAACAGCUAAAGAAUGAGAAAUGUGUUCCUUGAAAAUGGAUCUGCCUUCUCAUGUCUCACCAGCAAGCAUUAUAGAAACAAUUGCUUUCCAACUAGCAUGCAGUCCGGUAGAUAAGAAAGUCGCUCUGCAGUUAGAUGAAGAAGAUGAGCUAAAACACCUUCGCGAAUAUUUCCACAUUCCCAAAGUGACGGAUUUGCCUCCAACCAGUCCAACUUUAGUGAAGGAGGAUGAAAACUGCAUCUACUUUGCUGGACACUCUCUUGGUCUUCAACCAAAGAAAAUUAAAACUUACUUGGAUGAAGAACUUGACAAGUGGGCUAAAGUGUGUGUUCCUGCUUCCAUCUCAUGUAUCUGUGUGUAUCCUGGGAAAGAUGGACAGCCAGCCAGAGGUGUCCAUGGUCAUUUCAAUGGUAAACGUCCUUGGGCUUUGGGAGAUGAGUGCAUUGUUGAGCUUAUGGCUGAGAUUUUGGGGGCUCGUAAUGAGGAGGUAGCCUUAAUGAAUGGUUUAACAGUUAAUCUACAUCUCCUAAUGUUGACAUUUUUUAAACCUACGUUCUAUCGCCAUAAAAUCCUUUUAGAAGCCAAAGCAUUUCCUUCUGAUCAUUAUGCUGUUGAGUCUCAGCUCCAGUUUCAUGGGCUUGACAGGGAGAAGAGUAUGCUUAUGAUUCAACCACGAAAGGGAGAAGAAACCUUGAGAACUGAAGAUAUCCUUGAUAUAAUUGAGAAGGAAGGAGACUCAAUUGCUGUAAUUCUUUUCAGUGGGGUGCAGUACUACACCGGGCAGCUGUUUGACAUACCAAGGAUAACAAAAGCCGGUCAAGCCAAGGGCUGCUUUGUUGGAUUUGACCUGGCCCAUGCUGUUGGCAAUGUAGAACUACAUUUACAUGAGUGGGGAGUUGACUUCGCUUGCUGGUGUUCUUACAAGUACCUGAAUUCUGGAGCUGGGGGUCUAGCCGGUGCUUACAUUCAUGAGAAACAUUCCAAGACUAUGAAACCGGCUUUAAUAGGAUGGUGGGGUCAUGACUACAAAACCAGGUUUCUCAUGGAAAACAAAUUGCAACUCAGCCCUGGAAUCAAUGGAUUUCGUUUAUCCAAUCCAUCCAUCUUAUUGGUCUGUGCUCUUCACGCUAGCUUAGAGAUCUUUGCUCAAACAACAAUGAAGUGCCUGAGAAGGAAAUCCAUGCUUCUUACUGGUUACUUGGAGUAUUUGAUAAGGCACUAUUACAGCAAAGAUAGAAAUGACCCUGAGAAGACCCUUAUAAAAAUGAUCACACCAUCCCACCCUGAAAAAAGAGGAUGUCAGCUCACCUUACUUUUCUCUGUUCCUAUCAAAGAAGUUUUUAAAGAACUGGAAAAACGAGGAGUCUGUUGCGACAUGCGGGAACCUGAUGCUCUCCGGGUUGCCCCAGUUCCUCUCUACAAUACUUUCCAGGAUGUGCACAACUUCGUUGAAAUCCUAGGAUCUGCAAUUGCAGCUGCAAAGCAGACAGCAAAGCCAAAGUCGGUUUCCUGAUCUUAUUGAUGACAAAACUGUAUCUUUAUCCGCUUCUCCUGACCAAAUGCAUUGGAGAUUUUGAACAUGUUUGGGGGUGUGGGUGGGAUUUCUUCCAGAUUUGGUCAUAUUCUACUGCUUUACUUCCAAAGAUUAAUUCAUUUUCAUGUUGGAUUGUAAUGUGCUUUUUAUUAAAACUCAUGCUUUCACCCACUGGGAGUUUUGUGUGACAUCAUUAUGCAGAACAGGACUUUUGAUCAUUCCUGUUUGUGUGACACUUUUCUAUGUAAACAGCAGCCCACAUUACCAUAUUUUUCAGAGUAUAAGACGCACCCGAGUAUAAGGCGCAGCUUAGUUUUGGGGGAGGAAAAUAGGGGAGGGGAAAUCUGCCUACCAGGUAUUCAUCUGGCUAGCAUCCUUAGUUUGGUCAGCUUCAGCACAUUAGUUUACUGGUUUUUUAUCCUCUGUUUGAGGAUAAAAAACAGCUUCUAAGGCACAGUUGAGAGGAACCAGCAAUAAGAAAAGCAGGCAAAGCACGGGGAGAUCACUCGGCUAGCGCUUAGUUAGGGCUGAAAAAAAGCUUCUAAAGAACAGCUGAGAGUCAGAGCAAAGCCUGGAGAUCGCUUCACUUGCUAGCGCCUUCUUAAAGCACAGCAAAGAGUCGAGAGAGCAGGCAAAGCUGGGAAGAUAGCUUCACUCGCUAGUGCCUCAUUAGCGCCUUGUUAGGGCUGGAAAAAAAGCUUCGAAAAAGCUACAUUUGGAGUAUAAGACGCACCCAAAUUUUCAGCCUCUUUUGGAGGGGGGAGAAGAUGUGUCUUAUACUCCAAAAAAUAUGAUAAGUGGUAAGCAGCCACCUUUUUCUCUGCAUUGCCUUGGAGGGAAUUUUAGCCUGCACAUAAAGAGUCGAAACUUCUUGACACUUUGUGCUGUCACCAUGAAUGGCUAGCAAUUCAUUGACUUCAUAUUGUUGACUCAAAUACAAAAGGAACUAUAACUCUUUUUCAAGAGAUCUGUUCUUAAAAGGUGUUGUCCAAAUAGUGCUAUUGAUAACCUUUUAGGUACGAUGUGUAUUUUACAUUUGAUCUGUGAUUUAUAUUAAAGAGAAUAUUAAUUGUCAGAAUAAAUUAAUAUCUUAAACGUUUCAUAUUCUUCAGUAUGUAAUAAUUCACAAAGGAUUUGUAGACUCAUAGAAUGUAUAAGUUGGAAAGGUCUUGUAGUAGAGUCACCAGCUAAAGGAAAAGGAGGAAUAAAAAGGCAUUCCAGCAUGGAAUCGCUCAAUGGGAGGAAAUGAAAGAGGUCAGACUAUUGAUGCCUUUAUCUGCUGUUUCCCAAGGGAAUGCAGUCAGUCUGGUAAGAUUCUUGUAAAUGAAUGUCUGAUCAACAUAAACUGUUUUGGCCUACGCAUGGAAUUGUUCUGAUUCCUUGUGCUUGACAAGUCUGGAUUCCUUCAGUGUAGGAAUCAACCAAUUGGUAUCUAAUCCACAAUUGCAGACCUCCAAUGAGGAAAGUCAACCGUUGUUUUGGAGAGAUUGUUUCUCUGCUUAAAAGAUCCUUCAUCAAAACAUUCUUCUUAAUAUUAAGCCUGGUUAUCCUUUCUUUUAAGUAUAACUCACUGAUCCUUGUCUACACAGACUUUGCAUUGGGUUGUUCUACACGUUUCUGACUGUGCUUGAGGCAUUAUUAACGAAUAGAGUUUCUAGAGCAAUUUUCUGGACUUGGUGGGCACUGAUAUUUGAGAGGCUUAAUGCAUACUUCAGCAUGUGCUGGGUUUCCUCAUUUAACCUGGAAGCUGUUCUUUGCUUUAUCUUGUGUUGGGAUCUAUAUUAGAAAUCUGCUAGGACCUAUAUUAGAAACUGCUUUCCCCAGUGUGACAAAGACUGAGAGGUGAUUAUCAGACUACGUUAGGUUUUGGCCGAUGUUAUCUUCAUUUCUCAUCAUGCUGCUGAAUAUUAGCCAGUGAAACUAGUGUUUUAUGUAUAAGUAGUGGUUCCCAGAUUCUAAAAUUAAAGCAUUUUUCACUAGUGUGGCUUAAAGAAGUGUAACUGUUCUUGGGAAUGCAAAGCACCAUUGAAUGGUGAUAAACACAUACAUGAAACAUUCUGUUAUAGUUUACUGACUUGUUUAGCUAUUGCUAGUUUUGGGAAGAUGUUCUGACAAAGUAAUAUCCUAUUUCAAUUAAUUUCCUUGAUAUUGUAAUAUUAGCAAUGAACUAUUUUGGGUAUUUUUCUAUCAGUUGCAGCAUAAUGAUUUUAUGGUUAACUUUUUUACAGAAUGCAUCUUAUGAUAAUACUCAAAGUUAACAUUAGGUGUCAGCAUUUUACAUAUUAUUUCAUGAGAACCAAACUACCGGAAAACUGCAACAAAACGAUGAAAGUUUCAAACUUUCAUUUCUACAGCUGUCAAUUAACAUCUCUGAAAAAUAAAAAUAAAAUACACCAUG